AUGUCGGGGGAAUAUUUGGAUAUGCCAUAUUCAUGGCUGCUCAACCUACAGUCAGAGAGUGUAUCAGGUGUGAUGGGGUCACGAGGUGGAUUCAGGGGCGGUGGUUUUCGGGGUGGGAGUGGAGGUCGAGGUGGAGGAGGUCGAGGAUUCGGAGGAGGUCGAGGCGGAGGAGGUCGAGGAUUUGGACGAGGCGGGGGCAGAGGUCGAGGAGGAUAUGGAGGGGGAUAUCAAGAUUAUGGUCCACCUGAAGAAGUUGUUGAGCUUGGUGCCUUUCUCCAUCCAUGUGAGGAUGACCUCGUCUGUAAAUGUACCAAUGAAAAAAUUCCUUAUUUCAACGCCCCUGUGUAUCUCAAAAACAAAGAACAGAUAGGAAAAGUGGAUGAAAUAUUUGGACCAAUCAGAGACUUUAUGUUUUCUGUGAAGCUGUCAGAUAAUAUGAAAGCCAGUUCAUUUACAAAGGACCAGACAUUUUUUAUUGAUCCAGGAAAGUUGCUACCUCUACAAAGAUUUCUCCCGCAAAAUAAUAGGGGGUCCAAGGGUCGUGGGGGCCCAGGUGGUAGAGGCGGGCGAGGAGGAAGGGGAGGUGGUCGAGGCGGUGGAUUCUCCAGAGGAGGUGGACGAGGCGGUCGUGGAGGAUUUGGUGACCGUGGAGGAUCCCGGGGUGGCAGAGGGUUCCGUGGAGGUGGAGGGUUUCGAGGGGGGAGAGGUGGAAGUGGUGGUGGAUACAGGGGCGGGGGUGGGGGUGGAUAUGGAGGACCAUCAAAUAACAAACGGACCAAGUUUGAAUGA